AUCUGAGAUCACGAAAAUGCACGAGGCAAUCAGGACAACGGUGAAUCCCCCGGCGGCAAAUAUGAUGAAAAUGGAACACAACAAACUUCUGCAAAACGAAGCACAGAUUUGGGCGGAGCGCUGUAAAAUGACUCAUGAUCGGGAGGAUCUACGAUUCCUUGCGGACAGGUUCAAUGUUGGCCAAAAUAUUGCUGUCACUGGACCAGUGUUGAACUGGACGGAAGUCUUAGAACAGUGGGAAAGUGAAAAAACAGUGUUCACAUAUAACGGUUCCAACAGUGUAUCAACUGUGGGGAACUAUACCCAGAUGAUUUGGGCAGAAACAUUCUUAUUCGGAUGUGGUGUCAGCAAAUGUGGAACAAAUUACUUUUAUGUGUGUAACUAUGCUCCUGGUAUGAACGUGACUGAGCUAUCUACUCCCUAUAUAUCAUCCGGCAGCUGGUGUGAUUCUUGUAAGACUCACUGUGAUAAUGUGACUUCUAAACAAUGUGACUGCUAUGGAAAACUCUGUUUGAAUGGAGGCAAGUUAAAUCUAAUGACAUGUACAUGUGAGUGCAUCAAAGAAGUGAGAACAUAUGAUCCGCAGUACUGCGAACUGAAUUGUACUUCUGGAGGUGAUGACCCACUUUGCGGCAGACAUCCAUAUGCAAACUCAACGUGUGGAAACAACUCCCUCACAAAUUUUCAUUGUCCUUGGAUGUGUAAUAUUUGUCCAUAUGCUGAUGUAAACUAUACAGAGAGUAGCGUUUUGUUACCAUGGGAACGCGGCUUACCAGUAUGCACAACUUCGACAGCGUCAACACCAACGACUACCACAACGACUUCCACAACGUCUGCUGGAUUUGUAGUUGCAGCAACGUCUGUGGUGACAUCAAAAAGUACAUUGGCAGGCACCAGUACCAGCAAGAACUAUUUAAAUAAGAAUGCAUCAUCACGUGUUCUUCUUACGUCAGAGUUUAUUGUUUUCGUUGUUGUCUUCAACAGCUUUCGUGUCGCUGCUUGACUGAUUAACUGUUACAGUAGCAAAACUUUGAAAUAUUUUAAAGCCAUGAAGGUUUUAUCUAUUACAGGAUUGUCCUCGUAGAUAUCGGCUAAAUUGAUAUUAUUUAAUGAAAGAAAAGUUAAGAUGUUUCAGCAUGAAAAGCUUGCAUAUGAUAAACAAUUCUUCGUCCUUCCACAUAUAAUUUAUAUAACUUGACUCGUGUUUUAUCUUGUCUAACUCGUUGAAUAACUUCAACAUGAAAAAAUUCAUAUAUAAGAAAAUCUACUUAUUGUUAUACGUACAACAUGUAGACUUUGACAAAUGUCCAUACACGACUCAACACGAUUAAGGAUAAUAGUAACUUUUCAUAGGUCAGUAAGUUAUCAACAUCAAAUUUAAAAAAAAAAAGAUUAAUUGUACUUUAUGGUCUGUUUGGUUUAUAUCUUUUAACUCCUCAGGACAUGAAUUGUACAUUUCAUUCAUGUUUGAGCUUAGCACGUAGUGGAGAUGAUUUCUAUUUCUUCAAGUUUGGUACAUUUUAUACCAUGAACCAAUUAAAGUCCACAUUUCCUUUUCCACUUACUGACCACUUGUUCGUGCCUUGCUGUGUUGAAUGUUUUGUUUUGUGAUGAUCUCUUUCAAACAACGUUUAAUGAGUUUUGAUGUAUCCGAAAGCAGUGAGGGAUUGCUUAAGUUGAACUUCUUGAUACUCAAUAUAAACUUCUUUAAUCUAACUUGUUAUUUUUUACUUCUAUAAUGGCAAAUGAUUUUAAAGGGUAAUUCAGAAAACAUUAUUUCAUGUAUGAAUUUGGAGUCUGUCGUAGCAAACAAUUAACGUUUAUGGCCAUAGAGCGAUUAACCAUUCACAAUACUUCAUGGAUAAACAGUAGUCGAAAUCUUUAAAUAAUUACCGUAACGUUUUUAUUUUUUAAUUCAAUAUGGACAAAAGCCGUCUCUAGUGUACAGGUCGAGAACGAGCCCAGAAAGUCUAGGAUGAUGUACUUAUUCAAACUGUAGGUUUCGAUGUAGAUCCAUGACACAUGACACUUUAAUAAAAAUCAUAUUAUUUACGCUUGUCAUGUUCAGGUAUCUAAGUGAUUAAAUUAAAAGGAAGUCUACAUAUAUAUUUUUCGGCAACAUAGUAUUUACAUAUUGCCGGUAGUGGAACUUUUGCCUAAUACAUUAAUAUUGAAUUAACCUACCCGAUAUUCGUCCCUCUGCGGUAACUUGCAAGAUACCAACUUAAACUAUGCUAUCAGAUGAAAAUCUGUCCUUCCGACACGUGCAACAAGCGCGUCUACGUAAUUUGUCGAAC